CGCCUCCCACUGUGGUCGUUUUUAAAGCUGUAAAAAAAAAAAAAAAAUCACGCGGACACGUGACCUGAUCUCUUCCUCUUUUCAGAUACGACAAACCAAAAACGAAAUAAAUAAAGGAAUUAUUUAAUGUUAAAUCAAUUAAAGAAUAAUAAAACGAGGGAAAAAAACGAGGUGGUGGGCCCCGUUAAUUAACGGAGUUAAGAAUAAUAUCCGUUAGAAAACAGCGUGAGACUCGAAUCUAUAAAUAUAUUCCCAUCUCCGCUUGCUUCAUCUUGUUCCCUCACUUUGAUCUUCUUCCUCGCUUGCUCUCGAGUCAAAAUUAAGGUUUCGUUGACGCGUCUUCUCUCUCUCCAGAGUAUAAAAGGUUGUGUGGAGCUUUCGAAUCACUCAAAAGAAGAUGGAGGUAAUUGGAAAAUCUCCCAUGGUGAGCUCCGCCAAUGUUAUUUACUUGUCUGCGAUUCUAGGCCGAGACUGCGACGCGUCUCACAAAUGCGACUGGAAAUGCGAGAACGAGAACGUUUUCGGGAACAUGUACCGCUGCAAACUAACUGGACUGACUCACGUCUGCGACAACAACUGCAACCAGAGGAUCCUCUACGAUAACCACACCUCCCUGUGCCGGGCGAGCGGGCGGGUUUUCCCUCUCUCGCCUGCUGAGGAGCAGGCGGUGAGAGGUGUUAGGAGGAAGUUUGACAACAGUGAGAGUCUUCCUCCUUCUGAGGGAUGUUCGUUUAAGCGUCGUCGUCGCGAUGUGACUCAGUUCAAAGCUUCUCCAUUUGAGAGGUCUUUCACUGCUGUGAGUCCUAUCUGCAGCCCUGCUGGUGACGGGAUGGACUUGAGUUAGAUCCAUCAAUCAUCUCCCUGAGAGAGGCUCUUUAAUAAGACCGUCCUACCAUUAUGAAGGCACCAUUGGUGAUGUCUGCAAGUGUGGUGCGACAGGAUUUUUCCAUGUUUGCUAACCAAUGCAGUAUAGGUUCUUCAGGAUAAAGGGUUUAUGAUCCUGAUUCUAACAGUUUCUUUGUUGUACUAACCAACUUCCAUUUCCUUGAUUGAUUAGUGUUUGGGAUCCUGAAUGUGUGUUUAUGUUUGUGCAGGUUUGCAAUUCAGGAGAGUUUAAUUGUGCUUCUUUUAUGUCUAUUGAUUUGCUUUUUUUAUGUUUCUGAUUUUUGUUUUUUGAGUAAAAGAAGUAAGCCUAACUGUUUGAA